AUGACCAACUCCCAAGACAACGGAGUCACCGGCGCCGCGAAAUUCGUCACCUCGACUCUCGGAAACACGGUCGGCGGCCUCUCUCGCACUGUCGGAGGUGUAACAGGUGCAGCCACGCGAGGAAUUGGUGACACCAUCGCAGGCGCAACGGGGUCAAUGGGCAAGCCUGUUGGUGAUGCUCUUGCCAAUGCCGGAACGGGUCUCGAGAAUGGCUCGAGGGAUGUCGCGAGAGGAGUGGAAGACGCCGGGAACUGGAAGAGCGGUGGCACUAGUCGAAAGUUCUAG